GUAAACGUUGCUUUCACCUUUCCCUUGAAAUCUCGCCAGAACCUGAUGCUGAGUGGAACUACCCGAUGAUGAUGAAGGUGGUCCUUCCUUCUGAAAACAAAUGUGAGCGCUCUCGGGGAGAGUUCAGCGCUGGUCAGAAACUGCCCCGCCUGCAGAUCCUGGUUCCCCACAAUAAGCCUGCUCCUGUGAGACAAGAAAGGAUUUCCUGGAGUCAGGAACUCAUUCUUGCUGUAGAAGACCUUGCCAAGACCUCGCACGAGGGCUCUGGGGCAGAAGAGAGGACACAGGAUAGAACACAUCUCGGACUUGCUAACCUUCUCGAACAGGCAGCUGAGAUGACCACGUUACCAGCUUGUGUCUUACAGAACUCGUUCGCCUUUGAAGACUUAUCUGUGGACUUCACCCAGAAGGAAUGGCAGCUGCUGGAGCCCAAUCAGAAGGACUUGUACAGGGAUGUCAUGUUGGAGAACUAUAGCAGCCUGGUGUCGCUGGGGUACAAAGUGACGAAGCCUGGUGUCAUCCUCAAGCUGGAGCGGGGGGAAGAGCCGUGGGUAGGAGACGGAGGAGCGCCGAGGGCAGACGCCGUGGAACAAGUUUUGCAAGUAAAUGGUCAUAUGACUUGGCACAAGGAUAACCAAGAGGAGCUGAAAAAUAUGAAACAAGAUCAUGAAUGUGAUGCAUUUGGAAAACAUUUCAAUCUGAGCAUGAACUUUAUUCCUUUAAGGAAAUCAAACAGUGAAGGUGACGUAGAUGGAUUCAUUUUAAAACAUCAUUUAGAUUUACUUAUUCCAAAAGCAGAUUAUGGGAAAAUGGAACCAGCUGACCUAAAUGUACUGGGUAAACUGUUUCUCCCCACCAAGCCUGAGGAAACUGACACUUGGCUAAAAUACUAUGAAUGUGGUCAGUGUGAUAAAGCUAGUUAUAGGAAGUCACAGAUUAUCAUUUAUCAUAGAAAUCGUUUAGGAGAGAAGCUCUAUGAAUGCAGCGAAUGUAGGAAACGCUUCAGUAAGAAAUCCAGUCUCAUUAAACACCAGAGCAGACAUGUGAGAGAGAUAGCCUAUGGCUGUGGUAAAUGCGGCAAGACCUUUCCCCAGAAGUCACAGUUCAUUACACAUCACAGAACUCACACGGGAGAGAAACCUUACAACUGCAGCCAGUGUGGGAAAGCCUUCUCCCAGAAGUCACAGCUCACCUCCCAUCAGAGGACACACACAGGGGAAAAGCCAUACGAGUGUGGCGAGUGUGGGAAGGCCUUCUCCCGGAAGUCUCACCUCAUCUCACACUGGAGGACACACACAGGGGAGAAACCCUACGGGUGCAGUGAGUGUGGGAGGGCCUUCAGUGAGAAGUCAAAUCUCAUCAACCACCAGAGGAUUCACACGGGGGAGAAACCAUUUGAGUGCAGAGAGUGUGGGAAGGCCUUCAGCAGGAAGUCACAGCUUGUGACACAUCACAGGACCCACACGGGAACAAAACCCUACGGAUGUAGCGACUGUCGAAAAGCCUUCUUUGAGAAGUCAGAGCUCAUUAGACAUCAGACAAUUCACACCGGAGAGAAACCCUAUGAGUGCAGUGAGUGUGGGAAAGCCUUCAGAGAGAGGUCAAGUCUCAUCAACCACCAGAGAACCCAUACAGGAGAGAAGCCUCACGGGUGCAUCCAGUGUGGGAAGGCCUUCUCCCAGAAGUCACACCUCAUUUCACACCAGAUGACACACACGGGGGAGAAGCCCUUUGUAUGCAGUAAGUGUGGGAAGGCCUUCAGUAGGAAAUCCCAGCUUGUUAGACAUCAGAGAACUCAUACAGGAGAAAAACCCUACGAAUGCAGUGCAUGUGGGAAAGCCUUCAGUGAAAAAUUAAGCCUCACGAAUCAUCAGAGAAUUCAUACAGGAGAAAAGCCCUAUGUGUGCAGUGAGUGUGGGAAGGCCUUUUGUCAGAAGUCACACCUCAUAUCCCAUCAAAGGACUCACACAGGGGAGAGACCCUACGAAUGCGCCGAAUGUGGGAAAGCCUUUGGUGAGAAGUCAAGUCUUGCAACUCAUCAGAGAACCCAUACGGGAGAAAAACCUUAUGAGUGCAGGGACUGUGAAAAAGCCUUCUCCCAGAAGUCACAGCUCAACACCCACCAGAGAAUUCACACAGGAGAGAAACCCUAUGAGUGCAGUCUUUGUCAGAAAGCUUUCUUUGAGAAAUCAGAGCUAGUCAGACAUCAGAGAACUCACACAGGAGAAAAGCCUUACGUGUGCUGUCAAUGUGGGAAAGCCUUCAGGGAGAAGUCAAGCCUCAUCAAUCAUCAGAGGACACACACAGGAGAGAAGCCCUUUGAGUGCAGCGCCUGUGGCAAAGCCUUCUCUCGGAAAUCACACCUCAUUCCACACCAGAGGACGCACACCGGAGAGAAGCCUUAUGGGUGCAGUGAAUGUCGGAAGGCCUUCUCUCAGAAGUCCCAGCUUGUUAACCAUCAGAGGAUUCACACAGGAGAGAAGCCUUACCAGUGCAGUGAAUGUGGGAAAGCCUUCUCCCAAAAGUCACAGCUCAUCAAUCACCGGAGAACUCACACAGCCAAGAAACCCUAGGGGUUGACAGAGGUCUUACCUCAUGUCUCAGAUAAUAGUCACAUCACACACGUCUGAGUGCUCCUGUAGGAUAGGAACACUGAGGGAGGUUACGUAGAGAGAGCUUUCAGCAUAUCAGUGUGUUUAUUGUAUCAGGAUUUGUAGAGCAGAAUGACCCUGUGAAAAGCAGUGAGUUUCAGAAACCUUUCAAACCACAGUCAGACCUUACACCAUAAAAAAGUGACAGCAAAGAGGAACACUGAGUAUCAGAAAAUCUUCCAGAGAGCAGGUCUCAUUAGCUGGGAAUGAACCCCAUUCCAGUGAGUUAAGGAAAACUCUAUUCAUGCUGCAGUUGCAACACAGAAUAUUUUCAUCAAGAAAUGAUGGCUCGUUGUACAUAAGAAAAUGCCAUCAAGAAUGAAACUCUGUGACAAUACUGUGGUUCAGUCUUCAGCGUGCAACCUCACCGUAUUGUCUCCUGUGGCUGGACCUAACCGUUGAAGACAUUGGAAAUAGAAGCUUCUAAAAAUAAUGCUAUAAUGGAAAGCCACGCACUUUUCAUAGACCUGGGUCCCCAAACACCCAGUUCUAAAUGGUUGACAAAUGUUCACUCUGAGUAUGAAGCUUUAAAAAAAUACGUGAAUAAAUUGAAUCAUUGGAGCAUCUAAGUAAGAAAUUUCUCAGUGGUGUGUAACUCUAGCUUUUCCUGUACCACAGGAUGUGAUUUGUGUUUUGGAAUCGCACAUGAUAAUUAAUUGGGAGCAUGGGAUGUACAAACCUUGUCACUCUGAGUCUGUCCGGACACCACGUGUCGCUGGUGUUUUCUGAUUUAAUGAUACUGUAAAAAUGGUAACUAGUGUGGCUUGUCUUCUAACUCAGUAAGUAGCAUAACCAGUACCACAACACCUUCGUUUCCUUAUGAUUUGUCGGCACAUAAAAGGGUCAGUAGUAGCAAACGCCAGCUUUAUGUUAAAGCCUGCAUCCUCGGAGCCUGAGAAACAGUUCACAGAAAAGCCGGUGGAUAGUAUUCAAGGGUAGAACUGCUGAAUAGCAGUAGUGAAGCGUGAGCCAAGGAAGGAGGUGUGUGGAUUGUGCUGCUUGGCACUCAGACGCAAGGCCAGUGGUGCUGUGCAGGGCCCUUCCUCUGGCAGUGAGACGCCCCCUGCAGCAGGUGUGUGCAUCCCCACGCUGGGUGACCCGUGUUUCCGUGUCCUGUGAUGCAGUUUCGUGGGCACUCUGUGCUGCCAACGCUUUUGGUCUUUCGCAAAAUAACUUGUAAACAAUUAAAUGGAGAGAUCAAGUAUUUAAGAGUCACUGUUCAGAAAGUGUACAACACAGAGUUUUGUGGUGAGAAAUAUAUUUUUGAUGUAUUCAAGGAAGUGUAUUUUGCCUUCCUGCACGUUUUGGUGAUUACGGGACAAGUUAUUAAGAACAAUUUUUUCAUAGUUUCAUCAUUUGAAACAUUUGUGUCUCACCUGCCUUUCACCUAUUGCGUCAUCCACACAUUGUGCAGUUGAUACUGUGUAAGUGUGGUUCCCUGUGAAAAUGCAUGAACCAUUGGCUUUUUGAGAACUGGAAUUUUGUAGUGAUUUCUCUAUAAUAUUGCUUGACAAAGUUAACUGUAUUUUUUGUAUGAUGGUGAAAUUUAGACAAGUACAGCAUUUGUUUCCAAACUUGGAAAGACUCAGGCUCUCCCUUAUGCACAAGUUUUGUCAUUAUGGUGUAUUGCACCUUUGAUUUGAGCCAUAUUUUUUCCCUUUAGUUACCGUUGUUAACAUCAUUGUUGAAAAGUUGGGGCUUUAAGUAAAUGAGAGUAAUUUUAUGAACCACUCCAUCAGAAUUUCGACAGCCAGCUAAUCCUGUUUUUCCACGUGGUAACUUAAAAAAAAAAACCCAUUUCCCAAAUUAUUAUUCCUACUCAAAUUUAUGGACUUCCUACUUUUCUCUCGAAUACCUGGAAGUCACUUUCCUGGGUGGAGGGAACAGACCUUUGUAAAGGAACAGACAUUCACAGUGUGAUGUUUUACUUCGUGGUUUUUUCCAUUUUUUUUUUCCUUUCCACCUGCCCUGGUUCUCUUUCCUAGUCCCAGAGAUGGAUUUAUUAGAGAUUGAUUCAUUCAUUAGAUUGAGCUCAGGGGUCUGUUGUCUUAAAAUUUCCUGAUUUUGCUCAGCUCUAUUCUAGAUUAUUCCACUGACUAUUAAGCAGUUAGACUCAGCACUGCCUUCGCAAAAUGAUGAAACUUCAGCGCUUACCUCUUGAUUGAAUACCCAAGAGCAAAAGAUUCUUUCCUCGUGGCCAGGUCUUAGUCAUAGGGAGGCUGAUGCCGGCCCCAGAGUUUUCAUUUAUCCGAAUACCCAGUGUGGGGCCCAGGUAUGCUGUGUGGCGCUCCCUGGGACCUCUGUCUUCUGAAGGGUCACACGAGGGCCCUGAAGCUGGAGACCCUGAGUGCUGGUUUUUACACUAUGUUGGUAGCCACAAAAACUGUGUCUCUACGGCCCCCUCGUUGAUUCCUACCACAUCAAGAAGCAAGCCAGUGUAAAGUUAGACCAGGUUUAUUUAGGAUUUCUUGACGCACACUCAGUGAUGCUGAGAUGGAGGACUUGAGGACACCAGGUGCAGGAAGCAUCGUCCAUCCCUCCUCCUUCAACACCGAGGCUCUUCCUCUGGCCCGGAGACAGUCCUGCAGAGGACAGGCCCUGCGGCAUUCCUUUCACUCAGCAGUGGGUGUUUUACAGGUCCGGUCUGUGAAUUUUGAGACCUGUCCCAGGACUGCCUUGCAUUUAACUCUGAUAUCCCCUGGCACAGCUACGUCUGUAUGGAUCCAUGUGUUCCUGACGUUUUGGUUUCCAGAGCAUCACUGAGAUGAAAUGAAUCCACAAAGUACUGGAUUUCUCUGCCAGUAUCUGUAUUACGUAGCAGAAGAUAGAUCAGGAGGCCUUUGAAUGCUACACUUGAGACCUCUGGCAUUUGGUCAUUUCGUCCAGCAGUGUGUUUCCAGGUUGUCAGUGUCGGGGAGUUUGUUAGUCUACAGACUUGGGGCCAACGAGCUUUCAGACACUGAGCACCUAGUUCUGGCCUUAGUGCUCAUAAACUAGCUCAGCCAUGGCCCCUGCAGCUGUGUGCACAUUUUUUGCCUGUUACUUUCAUCCUUUUUCAGUCCAUUUUCCACACGUACACACAGCAGCUAAAAGACACAAUUCUAAAUACACACCCCUGUGUAAUCUGAUUACACAUGUGUGGGAACACUGUGCCGUACUGUGGACUGAGAGUGUAAUAUUGUCAUGGUAAUUGAGGACUUUUAUUACAAUUCAUGCCUGUCCAUCGUUUCUGAGUACUUUAUCUUUCCUCUUACACAGUUUUUUUUGGCUUUCUUUUCCCUGAGAUUCCUACAAUCUCCCCUUAGGCGUUUUACAAAUCUGCUGCCGCUGAGAUGCCCUUGUCCCUUGGUAACGCCUGCUCAGCCUCUGUGACCCUGCCCUUUUUUGUCACAGGUGAGAUAACUGUUGCGUGUUUUAUCUUUCCCACUAAAGCUGGGAAGCUGGGACUCUUGUUUGUACAUUUUUAGCAGCUGAGGCUUUAGUACCUAAGCACGAAUGGUGCGGGUGGCUGUGUUUCUACCACCUGGAGAAGCACAGUCGGCGGUGAGAGAAGAAGGACGCCACCGUGGAAGCAAAGCCAAGGACCGGGCCGAGGGAGCCCCAGGGUCUGGUUCUUGUCUGAUGUCCAGAGUCAUCGCUGCCCUUCUGCCGUGAUUGUCGGACUUCUGCUGUGAGACAGCCCGGAUACUCUUCUAAUAAACCCCGUGUUUGUGUCAA